CCGGUAUUUUUCACUUCUAGAAGAGCGCGGCACGCAGCCCUAGGUCUCUGUUGCUCUCCACACGCCUCUCUCUCUCCCUCUCUCUUAAAUCAUUUGCAGAAACGGCCAUGGAAUUUUGUUAUUAGCUCAAUUAUUUCUCUCUUAUCUCUCUUCGCAACCUCCUUUCUCUGUUUGUUGACAAAUCCUUAUCUACAGGUUUUGUGUUUUUUUUAUGUAAAAUCGUCAUGUAUUUAACUGGUUCAGCUUCAGCCUCUUCGCUCCUCAGAGCGUCUAGGGCACGACUUUCCUCCUCUCUUUCUUCUUCUACCUCCAGAACGUUCUCUCUAUCUUCUCCUGUUCCUCCGCCUUCUUUGGCCAACACUAUUCAACAUCGGUCUCUCAGCUUCACCGCUGCUGUUCGGUCUUUCCGGUGCUCUGUUCCUCGCUGGAGUCACGGUGUCGAUUGGCGGUCUCCGGUUAGUCUCCGGUCUCAGAUCAGAUCCGCCGCUCCCGUGAUCGAACAAUUUCAGCGAAAGAUCGCUACUAUGGCUGCGGAACAUCCAUUUAAGGGGAUCGUCACAGCUCUUCCCAAGCCCGGUGGUGGUGAAUUUGGGAAAUUCUAUAGUCUGCCUGCUCUAAAUGAUCCAAGGAUUGAUAAACUGCCUUAUUCUAUCAGAAUCCUUCUUGAAUCUGCAAUUCGUAAUUGUGACAACUUCCAAGUUACUAAAGAGGAUGUUGAGAAGAUUAUUGAUUGGGAAAAUACAUCUCCAAAACAAGUUGAAAUUCCUUUCAAGCCUGCUCGUGUUCUCUUACAGGAUUUUACUGGUGUACCAGCUGUUGUGGACCUAGCUUCUAUGCGGGAUGCCAUGAGUAAGCUUGGUGGUGAUUCCAACAAGAUCAAUCCUUUGGUUCCUGUAGAUCUGGUCAUUGAUCACUCGGUUCAAGUUGACGUGGCAAGAUCAGAAAAUGCUGUGCAAGCAAAUAUGGAGCUUGAAUUUCAGCGCAACAAGGAGAGAUUUGCCUUUCUUAAAUGGGGUUCAUCUGCUUUCCAUAAUAUGCUUGUAGUUCCUCCUGGUUCUGGUAUUGUGCACCAGGUGAAUCUUGAAUAUCUUGGAAGAGUUGUUUUCAACACUGAGGGCAUUCUCUACCCUGAUAGUGUGGUGGGAACUGAUUCCCAUACAACCAUGAUUGAUGGGUUAGGAGUUGCUGGCUGGGGAGUUGGAGGUAUUGAAGCAGAAGCUACGAUGCUUGGCCAGCCCAUGAGCAUGGUGUUGCCUGGUGUUGUUGGGUUCAAGCUAUCUGGAAAAUUACGCAAUGGCGUAACAGCUACUGACUUAGUUUUGACUGUGACACAAAUGCUGAGGAAGCAUGGUGUUGUUGGCAAAUUUGUCGAGUUUUAUGGGGAUGGUAUGGGUGAGCUAUCAUUAGCUGACAGGGCCACCAUAGCUAACAUGUCUCCUGAGUAUGGUGCGACCAUGGGAUUCUUCCCUGUUGAUCAUGUUACUUUACAAUAUCUAAAAUUGACUGGAAGGAGUGAUGAAACUGUGGCAAUGAUAGAAGCAUAUCUUCGUGCAAAUAAAAUGUUUGUUGAUUAUAAUGAGCCUCAACAAGAAAGAGUAUAUUCGUCAUAUUUACAAUUGAAUCUUGCAGAUGUUGAGCCCUGUAUAUCUGGACCAAAGAGACCACAUGAUCGGGUUCCUUUGAAAGAAAUGAAGGCUGAUUGGCAUUCUUGUCUUAACAACAAAGUUGGAUUCAAGGGCUUUGCUGUACCAAAUGAGUCACAGGACAAAGUGGCAAAGUUUUCAUUCCAUGGGCAGCCAGCAGAGCUGAAGCACGGUAGUGUUGUGAUUGCAGCAAUCACAAGUUGCACAAAUACAUCAAAUCCCAGUGUCAUGCUUGGGGCAGGUCUUGUUGCAAAGAAGGCUUGCGAGCUUGGUCUACAGGUCAAGCCAUGGAUAAAGACCAGUCUUGCCCCUGGCUCUGGAGUUGUCACUAAAUAUCUACUCCAGAGUGGACUGCAAGAAUAUUUGAAUCAACAAGGCUUCCAUAUUGUUGGAUAUGGUUGCACAACAUGCAUUGGGAAUUCUGGAGAAUUGGAUGAAACAGUUGCUUCUGCUAUUUCAGACAAUGACAUUAUUGCCGCUGCUGUGCUUUCUGGUAACCGGAAUUUUGAGGGUCGUGUUCACCCCUUGACAAGAGCAAACUAUCUUGCUUCCCCUCCUUUGGUGGUCGCAUAUGCUCUUGCUGGCACGGUUGACAUCGACUUUGAUAAGGAGCCUAUUGGAAUUGGGAAAGAUGGUAAGAAUGUCUAUUUCAAGGAUAUCUGGCCAACUACAGAAGAAAUUGCAGAGACUGUUCAAUCUAGUGUGUUGCCUGAGAUGUUCAAAAGUACUUAUGAGGCUAUCACAAAGGGCAAUCCCAUGUGGAAUCAGCUGACAGUACCAGCUAAAACUUCAUACUCAUGGGACCCUAACUCUACCUACAUCCAUGAGCCCCCAUACUUCAAGAAUAUGACCCUCAAUCCUCCUGGUGCACAUGGAGUGAAGGAUGCCUACUGUUUGCUGAAUUUCGGUGAUAGCAUCACUACAGAUCACAUUUCUCCAGCAGGAAGCAUCCACAAGGACAGUCCUGCUGCUAAGUUCCUCCUUGACCGAGGAGUAGAUCGCAAGGACUUCAACUCCUAUGGUAGUCGACGUGGGAAUGAUGAAGUGAUGGCUAGGGGAACUUUUGCUAAUAUUCGCAUUGUUAACAAACUUUUGAAUGGGGAAGUGGGACCAAAGACAAUUCACAUUCCCACAGGAGAAAAACUCUAUGUGUUUGAUGCAGCAAUGAAGUACAAGACUGCUGGACAUGACACCAUUGUCUUGGCUGGAGCCGAGUAUGGAAGUGGAAGCUCCAGAGAUUGGGCUGCCAAGGGUCCAAUGCUAUUGGGAGUUAAAGCGGUGAUUGCUAAAAGUUUUGAGAGAAUUCACCGCAGUAAUUUGGUGGGAAUGGGAAUUAUUCCACUUUGUUUCAAGGCUGGUCAGGAUGCAGAUACACUAGGGUUGACUGGUCAUGAGCGGUACACCAUUGACCUUCCAAGCAAUAUCAGUGACAUAAGGCCUGGCCAAGAUGUAACCGUCACAACAGAUAAUGGAAAAUCUUUCACCUGCACAGUUCGCUUUGAUACUGAGGUGGAAUUGGCUUAUUUCAACCAUGGAGGCAUUCUUCCAUAUGUUAUCCGCAACCUGAUGAAAGAGUGAAGAUCUUUCUUUCAAUCGUAAAAUGUGAGAAGGGAAUAAAGUUUUCAAUAAUAGGAGAGAAGAAAAUCCCUUUUUGAUGGGGCAGGCAUUUUUUUUAGCACUUGAGAAAGAAUUACCACUAUGAAUUCUUUUUUUUACUCUGAUGGAUUACACAAGUUUUUAAUGGUAUAUUCCUGUAAAAUUAUUUUACUUCCUUUAUGAAGAAUAAUUAACCCAUCUGUAAAAUUUCAAUUCAGUUAGAUAAAGUGGAAGAAGCUAUGCACUAAAUGAAUAUGUUAUGUCCUUAAAGUUUGCAACAA